UCAGACACGUCACACGAGAGUUAAAAGCGCCGCAGAUCACAGCUGCCGUGGAAGUAUAAAUUUAACAAGCCCAUCAGACUUAUUUUCCCCCCUGCCUGUCUGUUUUGACUCGGCUGGCUUCCCGUUAGGAGGAGGAGGAGGGUGAAGAGAACGAGGAGGAGGAGUGUGUUACCCGGGGUGAGGUUCCGACCCCAGCUGAACCAGUGAGCGGGGGAAGGAACGGCAGGGAGAUGCGGUGUGUUGAGGAGCGGAAACGUCUGAAUGACCGGCAGAGAUUUGCAGUCUCCUCUCCGAGCCAGAAGGUUUUUAUCAGUUUGCAGCUGCUUGAUUUGUGGAGCCAUUACAGCAUAUUUCACCGGGAGCUGCCAGCCCUACAGCUCCUUGCAGUCAGGAGUGAGUGAACAUGACGGGUCAGACUGUGGGAGGCGUCAUCCAGGAUCUGUCGGUGCCCUCUCUGCUGGGUGUGGGGUCCAGGCCUCAGGGGGAAACCGGCUCCUUCACCGAGGAGGCUGUUUCCAUCCUGACCUCCACGAGUCAGCUGGCCCGAAGCCUCCUGGGUCACACGUUUGCCUUCAAACGCAAAGACAGCUUUAACAACGCUGAAGCCAUGGCUGGCAACAGCUGUGACGAAGACAGCGGUAAUAAUGCACGUCGCAAACGGGAGUUCAUCCCUAAUGAGAAAAAAGAUGAUGGCUACUGGGACAAGAGGAAAAAAAACAACGAGGCAGCUAGACGCUCCAGAGAAAAGCGGAGAGUCAAUGACAUGGUGCUGGAGAGGCGGGUGAUGGGUCUGCUGGAGGAGAACGCCCGCCUCAGGGCCGAGCUGUUGGCCCUCAAGUUUCGCUUUGGGCUUGUUAAGGACCCCUCUAAUGUGUCCAUCCUACCGUUGACUGCGCCCUUCUGUCCUCAUCCCACCCCCAGAUCAACAAAUCACUACCAGGCUCACACUGAUGGCUCCCCAUAUGUCGGCACACAGGCCAGUGCCAACACUCACCAGAUCCUCUCUCAGGCUCCGCAGCAGCGCGCCAUCUAUGGUGCAAGAACAGCUGAGUUGAGUCAUAGUAGAUCGCAGGAGACUGGGGUUGUGACCUCAUGUGGCUCAAACGUGGGUAGCCCUGUGUUUUUUGAUGACACACUGGGUGAGAGUGGCAGGCCUUCUCCGAGGGAUGUGACGGAGGAGCAGCAGUGCUGUGAGAGUCAGUAUUUAAGCAGGCAAGACUCAUCGGAGGGUUUGAGGAGUCUUCCACACAAGCUUCGUUUUAAAAGCCCUGGGGGAGGCAGCAACGGAGGGGAAAUUUCUGCAUCACCUGACAGCAGGAAUAGUGGCCUGCCUAUAGCCAUGGUGGGACCAAACAUCCAAAUGAGAAACCACCAGCAAGUGGGGUGGGACGGCCAGGUGGAGAGCCAGGCUUCUUGGUCUAGAGAGGAUGCCUGGGGUGUGCAGUAUCAGGGUUCACCUUCAGGAUAUAAUAACUCAUCUUGUCCGCAGAAUUCAAGCGACCACAGAUAUCCAGCAGAGGACAACAGCCUCAGGUCGCAGAUCAGCAGUUUGUCCCAGGAAGUGGCUCAGCUCAAGAAGCUCCUGUCUCAACAGCUGCUUCCUAAGAUGGCCUAAAACCAGAUGAGGGGACGGUCAGAUCCACACCAUAUUUCCCCAAAUAAUCAAACUCAUUUUCCCAGAGUGGGAUGAGCAUAAGCAGCUACCUCUGAAAUGGCAUGACAUUUUUUAGUGGCCUGUUUGCUCCAGUGAUGAACAAUACAGCAGGAGCAGAAUUAAGGAAAGUCAUCACGUAUACGCAACACUGUAUGUACUGGACUGAAACACAAGAAUGUGUCCAUCAUCUGCAAAAACCUCUUUCUCAUCAGAUUCAACCUCAUCUUCAAUCUUGUCAUAUUUCGAGACACCUGGCACUUAUUUUGUGUGUAAAAUUGAGCUGUUAUGACGUUUUGGAGUGUACUGUGGUUUUUGUGCCAUUCACUAUCGUAACCUCGAUGUUACUUUUCAAAACUGUGAGUGCACUCAACUGUGUGGAAAUAAAAUCCUGCUUUAUGUA